UCCCCUUUCCUGGUUCACUUGCCAAAUGCCCGCAGUGACCCUGUGUCAGGCCAAGAGCCCAAGAUAGGACCUGGGAACUCAAGCCAGGUCUCUCACAGUGGUGGCGGCAAGUUCUCUUGAUUUGUCAAGAUGAAUAGUCACAAGAAAAGAAAAGACAUGGAACCAGCUUGUACCUGGAGUUUACUAUCUGAAAAGAAAGUUACUUCACAGUCUCUGCCUUUAUUUUCCUGGAAGCAAUUUGCAGAUUACCAGGAAGCAUUCAAAAAACAUCUAAAACAAAAAUACCUAAAGUUAGGAGCUGAUAAAUGUUAUAGCCAUGGCAAGCACAUCCGGCGGCGACUGCUGCUUGUACAAGAACAUGGCAUAUCAGAAGAGACACCCUGUGGAAUUCCUCAGCAAGAUCAUUUCAUUGAGUUGGAACAUGUAUUUGAUGCUAAUGAAGAGAGCUCCCGCUCACCCCAAACCGUAGUGCUUCAGGGAUGUGCCGGAAUUGGGAAAACAGCCACAGUAUUCAAAUUCUUGUUUGACUGGGCAGGAGGAAUGAUCAUCUCAGACAGGUUUGACUAUCUGAUCUAUGUCAACUGCAGAGAAAUAAGCCACACUGCUAACCUUAGUGCUGCUGACCUGAUUAUCAAUACUUUCCAAGAAAUCAAAGGUCCGAUACUGGACAUUAUUCUCCUACAUCCAGAAAAGCUUUUAUUCAUCCUCGAUGGGUUUCCUGAGCUGCAGGGCCCUGUGAAUGACCAAGAAGAAGAUCUCAGUGCUAAUCCCCGCAAGGUGAUGCCAGUAGAGAGCCUCUUGUGCAGUUUUGUAAGAAAGAAACUUUUCCCAGAAUCAUCCCUUCUGAUAACUGCCCGGCCUACAGCCAUGAAGAAGCUCCACUCGUUGUUAAAACACCACAUCCAAGCCGAAAUCCUGUGGUUUACAGAUGCAGAUAAGAGAGCCUAUUUUUUGAGUCACUUUUCAGGUGCUAAUGCAGCCAUGAAUGUCUUUUAUACUCUGCAAGAAAAUGAAGGCCUUGACGUUGUAUCCUCCAUUCCCAUCGUCUCUUGGAUGAUCUGCAGUGUCCUGCAGUCACAGAGAGAUGGGGACAGGACUCCUUUGGAGUCACUUCAGACCAUGACGGACAUGUAUCUCUUCUACUUUUCCGAGUGCCUCAAAACCCUCACGGGGAUCUCAGUGUGGAAGGGCCAAAGUUGCCUUUGGGGUCUGUGCUCUCUGGCUGCCGAGGGAUUACUGAAGCAUCAGGUUCUGUUUGCAGUAAGUGACCUCCGAAGACAUGGGAUAGGAGCGUAUGAUACUAACUGCACAUUUCUCAGACACUUUUUGAAAAAGGCUGAAGGUGGAGUAAAUGUAUAUACUUUCAUUCACUUCAGUUUCCAAGAGUUCUUUACUGCCGUAUUUUAUGCCGUGAAGAAUGAGAGUAACUGGACAUUUUUUGAUCAAGUAGGGAAAACAUGGCAAGAAAUAUUCCAGCAAUACGGUAAAGGUUUUUCAUCUCCAGUAAUACAGUUCUUAUUUGGCCUCCUGCAUAAAGGAAAAGGAAAGACUGUUGAAACUAUUUUUGGGAGAAAGGUCUCACCAGGGCUUCGAGAGGAGUUGCUUAAAUGGACAGAGAGAGAAAUACAAGACAAAUCCUCUUGGUUACAGACUGAGCCAGUGGAUUUGUUUCACUGCUUAUAUGAAAUUCAGGAAGAAGAAUACACAAAGAAUAUACUUGAUGAUAUACAGUCAGUCAUACUGCUUCAGCCUACCUACACAAAAAUGGACAUUCUGGCUAUGGCGUUUUGUGUACAAAACAGUCACAGUCAUCUGUCAGUGUCUCUCAAGUGUCAGCACCUACUUGGAUUUCAGGAGGAAGACCAAGGCUCACCAUUGACACCAGCAGCCUUAACACUUAAUCGGUCCUUUCACCUGCACAAUGCACCAAUGUCUCGGCUUCACUUUCUCUGCCAAGCGCUGCAGAAUCCAUACUGUAAAAUCAAAGACCUGAAACUGAUUUUCUGUCACCUCACAACUUCUUGCGGUAGAGACUUCUCCUCGGUAUUUGAAACCAAUCAGUAUCUGACAGAUCUGGAAUUUGUCAAAAACACUGUGGAAGAUUCAGGGAUGGAGCUUCUGUGUGAAGGAUUAAAACAGCCAAACUGUAAAUUACAGAAAUUAAGGUUGUACCGGUGCCUCAUCUCUCCUGCUGCCUGUGGGGCUCUGGCAGCUGUCCUUAGCACCAGUCAGUGGCUCAUGGAGCUGGAAUUUAAUGAAACAAAACUGGAAGCUUCAACUUUGAAACUGCUCUGUGAAGGCUUGAAAGAUCCAAAUUGCAAAUUACAGAAGCUCAAGUUGUGUGGUAGCCUUCUUCCAGACAGCUCAGAGGCUGUGUGCAAGUGUCUAGCCUCUGUUCUCAUUUGCAACUCACACCUCACUGAGCUGGACCUGAGUGAAAAUCCCCUGGGGGACAUAGGGGUGAAGUAUCUUUGCGUGGGUCUCAGACAUUCCAACUGUAAAGUGGAGAAACUCGAUUUGAGCACAUGUUGCCUCACAGAUGCUAGCUGUGCGGAGCUCUCUUCUUACCUGCAAGUGAAUCAGACUCUAAAAGAGCUCUUUGUGUUUGCCAAUGUCUUGGGGGAUACAGGAGUGCGACGUCUCUGUGAAGGUCUGAAGCAUACGAGGAGUAUGAUUAGGAACCUUGUGCUUUCAGAGUGUUCCCUCUCGGCAGCUUGCUGUGAGCCUCUUGCCCAAGUCCUAAGCUCCAGCCAGAGUCUCACAAGACUGCUACUAAUUAAUAACAAAAUUGAAGACUUGGGAAUGAAAUUGCUGUGUGCAGGAUUAAAACAGCCUGACUGUCAGUUAAAGGAUCUGGCAUUGUGGACCUGUCAUCUGACGGGAGCAUGUUGUCAGGAUCUGUGCAAUGCACUCUACACCAAUGAACACCUGAGAGACCUUGAUCUUAGUGACAAUGCCCUAGGGGACGAGGGCAUGCAGGUUCUCUGCCAAGGGCUGAAGCAUCCCUACUGCAAGCUCCAGACCUUAUGGUUAGCAGAAUGUCAUCUCACCGAUGCAUGCUGUGGCAUGCUUGCUUAUGUCCUAAGCAGAAAUGAGAAUCUAACAUUGCUGGACUUAAGUGGAAAUAAUUUCAAAGAUUUUGGAGUGCAAAUGCUAUGUGAUGCACUAAUUCAUCCAGCAUGUAAACUUCAGACAUUCUACAUUGACACGGAUCAUUUACGUGAAGAUACAGUUAGAAAGAUGGAAGCUUUAAAAAUCAGCAAGCCUGGAAUUAACUGGUAGUCGCCAAGGAGAACCCACGAAUUGGCCGCACAGAGAGCUCCUCCAACUCAUACCAUCUUUGAAUAGUUGUUGCGUUAGUGUUUUUCCUAACCUUUUAGCCAUUGCUGAGGAUGCUAGUUUAAAACAAGCAGCCAUGGUUGCUGUUACUUACACAAAAACCAUCCUUUAACUAGGAUGUGGGAGGUGAAUACACCUUAAUCCCAAUGUCUUCAGCAAUAGUACUUUGCAUUCAUAUGUCACGUUGCAAAUGGUUACUGUGGUUUCCCAAUCACUUGCAAAGGUGGGAAGAUGAGGCUCAGAUCUCACAGCUGCUAGGGGGAGAGUUGGAGUUCGAU